AUGCCUGUAAAUCCCUCAAUGUUGAAGAAGGAGAAUUACCAUCGUGAAACAUACCGAAAUAUUUUCGAUAUGUUUGAUAGCGAUAUGGAUGGUUUAUUGGAUGAACAAGACUUGCUUCAGGUAUUUUCAAAGUUAGGAAAAACAGAAACAACCAAGAAGGAUAUUAGUGAUCUCAUUAACGAUCUGAAUGCUUCAUCAAAGAGUGAUCAAGGUGCAGGGAUAACAUUUGAUCAGUUCGUAGAGUUAGUCGGAGAGAAUGAUGAGGAAGAGAAGGGGAGAAAAAUUCUCUCGUUUCUCACCUCAAAACGAUCAAAGAAAGUAGCCGGUAUUCAUACCGAACAAGAUUUGAAGGAUGCCUUCAAUUUAAUCGAUGAAGACCACGAUGGAGCAAUAACGAAACAGGAAUUUAAAAACAUGGUGAUCAAGCUUCAAAAUCUUGGUUCUAAUGCAUCAGUAACUUCUCCAAGCGCUUCCAUGACCAUUUCAGAUGCUGAAAUCGACUACCUCUUCAGCAUAGUAGAGUCUAAAGACAGCUUAAACUUUGAUCAAUUUGUCACUUUAUUCACAAAGACAAUGAUUUAA